UUUUUGAAGAGCCGAGACGCCGAUGCCCGAGACCUCGCUGCCGUCGUGGGUCGCGACCAACCGCCACGUUGUCGCUUGGGACGAUGGCUUUCGCCCGUCGGGUGCUUCGGCUGCCGACGCCGCGCCGGCACCAGGCAAAAUGGUCGUGGACCAGCCCAAGACGGCGCCGGGCCUCUUUCGCAUCGUCGAGAACGCCGUGCCCGACGCGGUCGCGGGCGACCUGUACGAGAGCGCGGUCGCGGCCAAGGUGUGGGGCGUGUACAUUCGAACGAGCGACGUUUUCGACCGGCAGCUCGAAGCGUACCCUGAAACCAAGGACGACCACGCGCGCCAUACGCUAGCUCUGCGCACGAUCCGCGCCUUUCUCCUCGGGGCCGAGGCGAUUCCGGCCGCCGACUGGGCCGCCACGCACGGCGUCGUUGUCUGGGUCAUCACGUCGACCGUGAGCGACACGGUCGCCUACCACAUGGAUUACGCGGAAAUGUUUCGGUACCAAACCAACGUGACGUACCCGCCCAUGUAUGGCGCGACGCUGCACGUGAGCCGGCUCAACGAGACGCCCGAAUCGCAUAUGGAGGGCGGGGCCUUCUACGCCAACACGCGCGGCCUCGACCAUUACAAGGAGCAUGGGUACAAGGAGUCGGUGGCGCCAUUGCCGUCGCUGGACCAGAUGACGACUGACGCGUCGUACGUUGUGGUGCCGUACAAGUACAAGCGCGGGAUUGUCAUGGACGGCAACUUUCCCCACGGCAGCAUCCCGGUCUCGGCGCUGCCCUAUGACACGGCGCGUGUCGUCGUCGGCUUCAAUCUCUUCAACCACGAGAUUGGGCCGCACGCCGAGGCGUACCCCGAGCACAGCGCCAAGUUCAACAAGUACGUCAAGGUCGCGCAGGCGGCCGCGGCCAAGACUGCGACGCUCUCGAUGGCGUCGAUAAAGCGCUGCCCGCGCCAAGCGGCGUUCCUGCGCUUCCUCCUCCGCAAGGCGAAAGAGAAGAAUUUGAUCCAGAACGCCACGUUUGUCGGCCGUAGUAGCAAUACGGCGGCGACGUGAGUGGUCGACCGAAUAUAUGAGAUCUUAGUUGUGGCGGAAGUACUUGAGGCUGACCCA